AUGAAUCUCAAUGCAUAUUUUGAAGCAUAUCAAGCCAUUUUUCCUUUUCUGUUGGAGGCAUUUUUAAGGAAAGAACAAAAAGUAUAA